GUCAUGUGACAUUGGUGUUAUCUCUCUGUAUGUUUGUUUAGUUUAGUGUUUAACGUUAGUUGUUCUCCUGUCGGUCCGUGAGUUUAUGGGUGUGACGGCUGUUAGUCAGACAAACGGUCAGAGAUCAAGAAUUAAACGCUUAUAUAACUUUACUGAUCUGAUCUUUAUUAACUCCAAACCUACAGCAACAUGAAGACGAUCUCUUUGCUCUUUUUCAUCUCUAUAUUUAUCAACAGUGUGUUUGGUGAUGAAGUGAAGUCAGUGUCAGUGAUGGAGGGAGAUUCUCUUACUCUACACACUGAUUUUACUGACACACAGGCAGAUGAUGUGACAAUAGUAUGGACAUUUGGACCUCAAAAAUCUACCAUAGCUAAAAUCAACAGCGAACCCAAAGGCAAUAAGAUCUCAAUAUAUGAUGAUGUUCUUGAUGGGAGAUUCAGAGACAGACUGCAGGUGAAUAAUCAGACUGGAGAUCUCACCAUCACAAACAUCACAACUCAACACACUGGAGUUUAUGAAAUACAGAUCACUGUCAGAAGUAAGAUUAUACAAAAGCGUUUCAAUGUUAAUGGUGUGAUUAACCCAGAAUCAGAUCAACUAAAGUCAGUGUCAGUAAAAGAUGCAGAUUCUGUUACUCUACACACUGAUGUUCUUGAUAUCAAGAAAUAUAAUGUGAUACAGUGGAAAUUUAAAGGUAUUCGUAUAGCUCAUUUCAAUAAAUCAGCCAGUGAAAUAUCAGAAGAUGAUGACAUUCAUGAUCAAAGAUUCAGAGACAAACUGCAGCUGGAUGUUCAGACUGGAUCUCUUAAAAUCAAGAACAUCAGAACGGAUCUCUCUGGACUUUAUGAAGUAGAGAUCAGCAGCACCAGCAGCAGUUAUACCAUACAUCAGUCAUUCACAGUUACUGUCAGUGGUGAAGUGAAGUCAGUGUCAGUGAUGAAGGGUGAUCCUGUCACAAUAAACAUUGAUGUUCCUGACAUUAAAACCUAUGAUCGGAUACUGUUGGUCUUUGGGUGUGAUGACAAACGGAUUGCUGAUGUAAAUAAACAGAACAAACAGUUCACUCUAGAUAAGCGAUUCAGAGAAAGACUGACACUGAAUGACCAGACCGGAGAUCUCACCAUCACAGACACCAGAAAUGAAGAUACUGGACUUUAUGAACUGAAGAUGAGCAGCAGUAGACGAUCCAUUCAGAGGAGAUUCAGUGUUAGUGUCAGUGAGCAAGGUCUGUCUCCGGGUGCUAUAGCAGGAAUAUCUUUUCUCUUCAUCCUACUUGCUGCUGCUGCUGCUGGUGGUGCUGCUGCUGGUGUGAUUUAUUAUCGCCGUAAGAUCACUGAAGCAAAACAACAACUGGAUGAAAUACAACCAUUGAAAGUGUAUGAGGGAAAAUCUGCUGAUCUGAAGACUGAAGUUAAAGACAUACAGAGAGUUGAUCUGAUAGAGUGGAGAUUUGGAGAAACUCUCAUAGCUCAAAUCAAUCCUGCCAAGAAUAUCUUCAGUACAUAUGAUGGUGAUGAUGGUCUAUUCACAAAUAAACUAGAGCUUAAUCGUCAGACUGGAGAUCUCACCAUCAAAGACAUCAGUGAGGAACAUGAUGGAGUUUAUACACUGAAGAUCAUCAGAGAUGGAAAAACCUCAUACAAGAGAUUCAAUGUGUUUGUCAGAGAUGAAAUAAAAACAUUGGAAGUGUAUGAGGGAGAAUCUGUUGAUCUGAAGACUGAAACUGACAUACAGAAAAUUGAGAAGAUAGAGUGGAGAUUUGGAGAAACUCUCAUAGCUGAAAUCAAUCCAGCAAACAAAAGCCCCACUACAUCUAAUGAUGAUCUAUUUAAAGAUAAACUGAAGCUGAAUCAUCAGACUGGAGAUCUCAACAUCAAAGACAUCAGAGAGGAACACACUGGAGUUUAUAAACUGAAGAUCAUCAGAGAUGGAAAAACCUCAUACAAGAGAUUCACUGUGUUUGUCAGAGCUUAUGCAGGUAAAAUGGAGAAAGUCUCAGUGAAUGAGGGGGAGUCUUACACACUGAAGAAUAAUCUUACUGAAAUAAAAAGAGAUGAUGUGAUAGAGUGGACAUUUGGAGAUGAUAAAACUCUCAUAGCUGAAAUCAAUCCUGCAAACAAAAUCUUCAGAACAUAUAAUGGUGAUGAUGAUCUAUUCAGAGAUAAACUGAAGCUGAAUCGUCAGACUGGAGAUCUCAACAUCAGUGACAUCAGUGAGGAACACACUGGAGUUUAUAAACUGAAGAUCAUCAGAGAUGGAGAAACCUCAUACAAGAGAUUCAGUGUGUUUGUCAGAGGUGAAAUAAAAUUACUGGAAGUGUAUGAGGGAGAAUCUGUCGAUCUGAAGACUGAAGUUAAAGACAUAAAGAGAGAUGAUCUGAUAGAGUGGAGAUUUAAAGAAACUCUCAUAGCUGAAAUCAAUCCUGCCAACAAUAUCUUCAGUACAUAUGAUGGUGAUGAUGAUCUAUUCAGAAAUAAACUGGAUCUGAAUCCUCAGACUGGAGAUCUCAACAUCAGUGACAUCAGAGUAAAACAUAAAGGAUUUUAUAAACUGAAGAUCAUCAGAAAUGGAAAAACCUCAGACAGGACGUUCAAUGUGUUUGUCAGAGAUGAAAUAAAACCAUUGCAAGUGUAUAAGGGAGAAUCUGUUCAUCUGAAGACUGAAGUUACUGACAUAGAGAGAGUUGAGAAGAUAGAGUGGAGACUUGGAGAAACUCUCAUAGCUGAAAUCAGUCCUUCAAACAUGAUCCUUACUGCAACUCAUAAAUUUAAAAAUCUAUUCAAAAUUAAACUGAAGCUGAAUCAUCAGACUGGAGAUCUCAACAUCAAUGACAUCAGAGAGAAACAUGAUGGAGUUUAUAAACUGAAGAUCAUCAGAGAUGGAAAAACCUCAUACAAGAGAUUCAGAGUGUCUGUCAGAUCUUCCAAAAAAGGUGUUUCCAUGAGGCAAAUAGGAGGAAAUUCAGUGGGGAAGGGAGAAGAUUCAGUGAUUCAGAUGGAGAAUCAGCAGUUGUUGCCAGUCAGCAGCAGUGAUCUUCCUCUAAUGUAA